AGAACACUUCCUACUCAGGCACUAAGCGAAGUCAAGUUUUUGAUCACCUGGAAGCGGCCGGAUGACAAUCUCUUAGAUCGUUGAUCGAAGAUUGACCCUUCCUUAAUCCUGCUUGCAUCGAACCAUCCUCGCCACGCAUUAUUCUCGUACCUCAUAUAUGAUAAGGAACUUUAGCCCCGACGGCAAUGUUUAACCAUCGCCGUGCCACCAGUAGCGUCUCUCGCAUUUCGCCUUCAAAGUCGUACCGAUCUUUCAACGCUGAUGGACUUGCUUUGGGUACCUGCUCUGAUUCUAAUCAUCUAUUAUGCUUGUCUGCUACUUGGACGCGCUCUUAGACAAAGACUGCUACGGAAACAGACAUGUGUCGACGACAUACACAUUUUGGGAUCUUCCCGUGCUUCGGCCGACAAGAUCAAGGGUAUAGCUGUUGUUUGUGGUGGAAGCAUAUCUGGUCUGCUAACAGCCCGCGUAUGCCAUGAUCACUUUGAAAAUGUCCUCAUCGUCGAGCCGGAGGGAUGGUUAGACAGUGACGAUGCGAAGCGCGUCGAUUCCUGGAACCAGGAGAAUAUUCGAUCACGCGUUAUGCAGUACGACUCCUUGCAAGGUGUUCAGGUGUUCGCUUACAGAGGCUUUUGCAAACUGUUCCCCGGAUUUGAGAGCGAAUGUAAAGCCUCGGAUAUAAAUGUUUGUCCAGGUGAUUUUCGCACAUCUACGUGGGGGACGUGGACCAUGACACCCUACUCGGAAUACGACGGAUACCUUCCGAAAACGAUGUUUGCCAGCCGUCGCGGGCUUGAGACUCUGAUUCGCCGUCUUGUACUCGGUAGUCGGUAUGAGAAUAUCCAGCAAAUGACCGGAACUGUGACUGGAGUAUCCCGCAGCACCUCUAAUCCUCAAUACCUCGAUCAAAUUACGAUCCGAACAGCCAACGGCAUCCGCACUAUUCAAGCCUCUAUGGUCGCAGAUUGCACAGGCCCUGCAUGUGCUGGUAUUAAAUGGCUAAGACGGGAAGGAUUCGGGAUAGCAGCCGAGUACCCCAGAGGAAAGCUUCCCCUCGACGACCUCAAAAUCGCAUACGACCAGAAGACUCAUUAUUCAACGCUUCAUUUCCACGUUCCGAAGGAAGUCGGGAGUCGCUUCCCGGGACUCCCGACUGAUUAUGAUGACUGUGGACCGAUUUACAAUUGCACUACGGAUUAUACUGUCGACCAUCGAAGCAUAUACGCUCAACACGUCGAGGGUAACUUUGUCCAAGUAUGUUGUGGUGCAUGGGGCGAUGUGGACCUCCCUCAAACUCUUGAUGAAGUCAAGCACUAUGAGGUGCAGGAUUCUAUGACUUGCAGUCGCGUCCGCGUUCCUCCAACAACUUAUGUGCGUUUCGAGGACGCGGUCAACUUGCCAUCUAAUUGGGUUGCCAUUGGUGACAGCGUGAUGAGGGUGAAUCCUGUCUUUGGACAAGGUUGUACGAAAGCCCUUAUAGGUGCGGUAUGUCUGAACACGAUACUUGUAGGCGUUCAGACGACUGUCGCGCUUCCUCGAAAAUUCUCUCAGAUGUUCUUCGAAACGCAAGGCGCUAAAAUCGCUACCUCUCUGGCCGGAGACUACGGAUACGAGACAACCAUUCCUGUUCCUGGAGAACACCUGUCGAAGGGGCGGUUCCUCCGGUGGUAUAUGAGGAAACUUCAUAUCCUUGCGUUCACUGACAAACAGGCUGGUUCGUCCCUGUGGCAUGUAAAGAUGUUUUUGGCGCCUCCGAUCGAUAACAUGCAGUUAGGACUGGUGUUAAAAAUUGCAUGGAAUUUCAUUAGAGAUCCUUGGGCUUGA